UUUGAAUCCACCAUAUUUUCGCGCCUAUUUUCCUACGCAUUUACAAGCAGACGACAGUGUUACCCACGUGAAAGUCGUUUUUCAAAGAAAAAUGGGUCGUAAAAUUCCUGGGAAAAAGCAUAGGGGUGUGAAAGAUCCUCUUCAGCAACAGGCGAAACGACAGGCAGAGUUAGAGAACAAGAUAAACGCACCGCCAAAAGAUCCGGUUGAUCAACCAAUACCGAAAAGUUUAGAAAGAAUAGUGAAAUUAAAAGAUGCAAUAAAGUCAGGAAAGGUAGUUCGGGUAAAUAGAACGAAAAGAAAAAAGAGGAAGGAUGCACUGAUAUGCGUGGGUCGAGGGAAUCCUAAGCCUUUACAUCCCAAGGCUAAGCCAGACAAAGUUGUUCCUAUAUUUGAACAGAGGCCCGGAGAAAACGAAGAAAAGUUUAUGCGUAGAGUUAACAGGGAAACACAAGCAUUUAUUAAUGAAACUGCCUUUGAGAAUAAGUACGGUGUUCAAGUGAAUAGAAAUCUGGAAACAGGGAGGGUUGAAGGAUUGUCAAAAUGCGAUAUAACAGAAUUUGAUAAAAUUCAAAGGGUAAAUGCAAAGCAUAGGAAUAUUAAAAAGAAGAAGAAGAAGACCACUGAGGAACCUAAGAUGACCAAAGCUGAGAAGAGGAAGGAGAAAUUGAAAUUAAAGAAACAGAAACAGUUAGAAGAAAAGAUAGAUGAUUUUGAUAGUUUUAAAGAUCAAGUUAAAUUUGGUGAAGUUGUUCAUGAACCACCUCAAUUACAAGUUAGGCCAAGAAAGGCUGAAACUAUAAGUACCUCUAAGCCUGGCAAGAAGGAACUCCUCCUACAUUCUGUGCUCAAACAGAAUGAGAAGACAAAAAUGGAUCCUAAGAAAGCAACACCCAUAGACAGGAGAGGCAAGCGUAAAAAUUUGCCAGUUGGGGAAAGAAGGCAGUUAGAAAAAGAACAAAGUGACAUCAUAGCACAGUAUAGAAGGUUGAAAGCACAAUGGCCUACUGGUGUUAACAACUAGGGCGACCAGUUGAUCGGGUGUUCUCGAAAAUCGAAGCAGAACCAACUUCACGAUAGCCCUAUCCUACCUGAAAUCUGGAUCUUGGAGGAUCUACAUCCUCGUUCCUCGAGUAAUCAACAGGACCGACCACGUGACCGGUGUAUUCAAAGAUAAGAGGAAAAAGAAACGAGAAGAUGAUUCCCUACUAACAGAGUGUGGAAAUUAACCGAGUGUUGAUGUGAGAGCCGCAUUAACGUGUUAUUAACGUCAUGUAACGUACAGCGCGAAAGUAAUCAUGGAGAAGGCCUGCCAGUCGACUUGGAGUAAUCCGAGAGCCACGAAGGGCGGCGACGCGGUGGAAUCGAAAGGCUGACAGUGUCCACAACUCCACCCGGUAACAUUCCAGACUUUGUAAGGAAAAAAGUCAUCGACGAGACGUUUGCCAGUGUGUUAGUGACUUAAGUGAGAAGACUUUCGCCAAAACGUCGACGAUCGCGGCACACGUAACGAACCUCGCGAUUCGCGACCGACAUUCCAGGCUUCCGCGCCGUCCCGCUCGCGAGAGGAACUCUG